AUGUUAAUCUUAAAAUUUGCAUUUCUUAUAUUUUUCGUCCUGAGGUGCUUAAGUAGGAAUAGACAAAAAGACAAAAGUGUAAUCAUUAUAAACGAUGAAAUAAAAACAAUAAAAAGUCCAAUUCACUGUAUUUUAGCUGUUUAUUUUGUACUUCGCAAUGAACUGUACAAAACAUGUGUUCAACACAUUACGAAGAAACAAAGUGAAAUCCAUGUAAUCGUACAAAAGAAUGUUGAAGAUACAUGGAAAACACAAGAAAAACUAUUUAGUGACUUAUCAUGGGUUGAAGUUCCAUCUAUCUUCAAUUUUAUAAAUAAAGAUGAGGCUGUAAUUAUAAUUUGUAAAUAUAAAGAUAAGUCCAAAGAAGAUGGUGCAAUUUGUGAACGCUGGAGCACUUCUACAGGUGAAAAUUACACAAAGGAAGAUGUUGCAAUAGAUAAAGAAGUUUUUAAUAAUAAAAAUAUAGAAUCAUACACGUCUCAUCCUUUGAAAAUAUCCAAUAAAGAAUAUUUCCUCAUAUGUGGAGUACGCUAUUUCGAUUAUGAAAAUGAUAGCAUAGACAAUUUUAUUUCUUGCAGCGCCAGUGAAGACAAGGGGAGGAAGUGGACGACAAAAAUCCUGAUAAACUACAAACAAUAUAAGAGUCGAAUGCCUCAUUCCUACGUGAAACCUGUUGUAUUAAACGAUGAAUUCGGGUUAUACUUCUAUUCAAGAAGAAGUACCAGUCAUUCCAGCAGAGAAUACAAGUACAUGAAAUGCACUAAAGAUGAAAAACACACAAACGAUAACGAAUAUAAGUUUAACUGCAGUGAUGUUAAUGUCACGAGAUCAAACAAAAUAUUGCAAAACAUAACUAAAUUAAAUGGACAUUAUCUAACAAAUUAUAUAUUGAGAGAUAAUUUCAAAGAGUGCUAUUUGUAUUAUUCUGACGAAAAUGCUAUUGUUAUUAAACCAAAAAUACAAAACUAUAAUCUCAGUGGAUGUUAUGAAGGAUCCUUUAUCAAUUUGAAUGAAUCGAAGUCAUUAUUUAUAUAUUCUACAGGAUAUGGAGUUCAAAAUAUACACAGUUUAUAUUGUCUCAAAUAUGACUAA